GGGUGGCUAGUCAGCAAAAGACUCUUCAACUUGUUUUCCACAAAGUACUUUUCAGGUCAAUCUUUCUCAGCUCUAAUAUUAUUCCUACUUAGCCAACCAAUCCCCCAGUGAUCAGAAGUUUCUUCUUUCUUUUUGUUUUCUAUUCCCCUUUUAUCCUCUUUUGUUUAACCACCAUUUCUUCAUCCUCUUCUUCUUAUUCAGAAUUCAUUCAAGUUCUCCAUUCUUGAAUUUGGUAUCACAUUUGCAAAUGCUUGAAUGGCUGCUAGCUUUAGAGUUUCCGUUUGGUUCGUCGUCUUUUUCCUUCUUUCUUGUUUAUCCUUAUUCUGUUCAGCAGAUGAUAGAAUUACAAUAGGAGAGAUUCUAAAAGAUGGUGAUAACAUCACUUCUAAAGAAGGGAAUUUUGUGUUGGGGUUCUUUAGUCCUACAGGUUCUAGUAAAAGGUAUCUUGGUAUAUGGUACGCUCAUGUAACAGUACAGACAGUUGUUUGGGUUGCCAAUAGGCACAAGCCUGUCCCCGAUAAAAAUGGUACUUUUUCAAUUGACCAAAUUGGGAAUUUGGUUGUUAAAAAUGGACAUGGAGAUUCACUGUGGUUGAGUAAUGUUACAGUCGCGACCAAAAACUCUACCGCUUGUCUCUUGGACAAUGGCAAUCUUGUCAUCCUUAACAAUGACAAGAAUGCUGCGAGGUUAAAUACGGAAUUGUGGCAAAGCUUCUUGCAUCCUACAGACACCUUUUUACCUGGGAUGAGAGUUUUUGUGGAAAGACAAAGUAAAGAGCAUAAAGUUUUCAGUAGUUGGACAAAUGAGAGUGAUCCUUCACCUGGAAGGUACUCAUUGGGGGUUGAUCCUCGUGGAGCACCUCAAAUUGUUAUCUGGGAUGGAUCGGAUAGACGCUGGAGAAGCGGACAUUUUGAUGGAGUGGAAUUCACUGGUGUUCCUAAUGUGACUAGAUCUACAUUAUUUUCUGGUUUCAAAAUUAACAACGAGGAUGGUAAGUCGUUCUUCACUUACACUGCUUCGGACACAUCUUUGUUUGUGAGGUUCCAGAUUGAUGUGACUGGAAUUGAGCUGCAACAGAGGUGGGACGAAGACAAGGAGCAAUGGAGCACGUUACAAUCUAUGCCAUCGGGUGUUUGUGACCUGUAUAACUUUUGUGGGAAUUUCGCGGAAUGUCAUGAACAAGUAUGCCUUUGUGUAGAAGGAUUUGUACCACGUGUUGAGGAGCAAUGGCAUGCUGGGAACCGGACAGGAGGAUGUAUUAGGAGGACAGAAUUGGAAUGCAGGAAAAGUAGCAGUGUUCCGAGGAAUGAUAAUGCAAAAGAUGAUGGAUUCUUGGCUGUUCACAAAGUUAAAUUGCCUGAUUAUGCAGAUAUUAUUGCAGAUGCACAAAACACAGACACGUGCAGAACCAAGUGCCUGAACAAUUGUUCCUGUAAUGCUUAUGCUUUUGUCAAAGGAAUCAAUUGCAUGAUAUGGACUGAAGAUUUAGUUGAUAUAGAGCAGUUUGAGGAAGGUGGGAACACUCUGUAUGUUCGCCUUGAUCCUUCUGAAUUUGGUAAGAAUAACAGGACGAUCAUAAUUAUUAUAGUAUCAGUUCUAGUAGCUCUAGCUUUGGUUGUUAUGGCAGCUGUUUGGCUAGUAUGUAGAUACAGGGCCAGAAAACGAGAAUCCAAGAGGAUCAAUGAAAUUCCCAAAAACCAUCUAGUUAGGAGCGGAGAGUUCUCCGCUGACUUAUCUGGACCGGGCGACCUCAAUGCUGAAGGGCAUCAAGGAAAUGGUUCAGAAUUAGCAUUUUUCAGCUUCAGCAUGGUGGCCACAGCUACUGACGACUUUUGUCUUGCAAACAAGCUUGGGCAAGGGGGUUUUGGCCCCGUUUACAAGGGAAGGUUACCUUGUGGUCAAGAAGUUGCUGUAAAGAGGCUUUCACAAAGGUCUGGACAAGGGGAUGAGGAGUUCAAGAAUGAGAUCACUCUGAUAGCAAAAUUACAACACAGAAAUCUUGUUAGGCUUUUGGGUUGCUGCAUAGAAGGAGAAGAAAAAAUUCUGCUUUAUGAGUACAUGCCCAACAAAAGCUUAGAUACAUUUUUAUUUGAUCCUGCUAGGAAAUCCCAGUUAGACUGGAGAAAACGCUUCAGCAUUAUCGAAGGGAUUGCCCGAGGGCUACUAUAUCUCCAUAGAGAUUCAAGACUUAGGAUAAUCCAUAGGGAUCUAAAGGCUAGUAACAUUUUGUUGGAUGAAGAGAUGAACCCAAAAAUUUCAGACUUUGGCAUGGCCAGAAUAUUUGGAGGAAACCAAAAUGAAGCAAAUACAAACAGAGUUGUAGGCACAUAUGGAUAUAUGGCUCCUGAGUAUGCAAUGGAAGGCCUGUUCUCUGGCAAGUCUGAUGUCUACAGCUUCGGAAUACUAUUGCUUGAGAUUAUAUCUGGGCGAAGAAAUACAAGCUUUCGGUCGGAUGAGCAUUCAGGCAUUAUUGGAUAUGCAUGGGAGAAGUGGGACGAAGGUAGACCAAUGGACCUAGUGGAUCGUUCAAUAUGGGAUGGAUGUCAGCAUGAUGAAGCAUUGAGAUGUAUACACUUGGCAAUGCUUUGUGUUCAGGACUUGGCUGUUCACAGGCCAAACAUGUCUUCUGUAGUUUUGAUGUUGGAAACUGACAAUAUGAGAUUGCCCUUGCCUAGGCAACCUACUUAUACCUCAAUGAGAAGAUCUGUUGAUGCAGAUAUGUGGCAUGGGAAUCAGGAUUUGCCAUCCUCAAACAAUGUCACAAUCAGUGUACUAAUAGGUAGAUGAUUGUUUAAUGCUUGAUCUUUCUUACAUAUCUGCUUCAUUUGAAGAGAAUAGGAUCAAGUAAUGUAACUUUUUUCAAGUUAUACUUGGAAAUAUGUUCAUAA